GUCCUCGUCCAUCCAUCCAAUGUUCCUCUCCCAGUUGCCCCCCUCUGCAGACCUGGUCGUUGCCGUCUUCCUUGCCUUAACAGGUUUGACAUCAGUGCUGGGAAAUGGCAUGGUGUUGCUGGUCUACAUUAGGAAAAGAAAGAAGCUCAGACCUCCAGAGCUCCUCACUGUCAACCUGGCUAUCUGUGAUUUUGGCUUCAGCCUCUUUGGGGCGCCAUUCUUCAUCAUUUCCAGCCUGUGUCAUGCCUGGGUGUUUGGGGAGUCGGGGUGUCUCUGGUACGGCAUUCAGGGCUUUGUGUUUGGCAUCGGCUCUAUGCUCACCACCUGUCUCAUCUCUGUGGACCGCUGCCUGAAGAUCUGCUGCUUAAGAUAUGGUCAAUGGAUUGAGCGGCGGCAUGUGUAUUUGUCUAUAGCUCUAGUGUGGGUUUACACAUUGUUCUGGGCUUUACUGCCUGCUUUUGGAGUUGGAAGUUAUGGAGCUGAACCUUAUGGGACCAGCUGCACAAUCAACUGGUGGGGAAUGAGGUCAUCUCUAAAUGACAGAAUCUAUAUUUUCUUCAUCCUCAUAAUGUGCUUCGGACUGCCGAUGCUCGCCAUCGUCAUUUCUUAUUUGGCCAUCCUGCUGACGGUCAUCAGAUCUAAUCGCACCCUAGCAUCUAUUUCGUCCUCCUCCGUCAGUCACACCAGCAAAGACUUGAAACUUGCAAAGAUGGCUGCUGUGGUGUGCAGUACCUUCCUCCUGGCCUGGAUGCCCUACGCUGCUGUGUCUCUGGUCUCUGCAAUCCUUCCCAGAGAUGACCAAGAGGCAGCAAACACCUUACACACUAUGGUGGAGGACACAGCUGGAUCACAUGCUCUCAGGAUCCUGGACAUCCCCUCUCUGCUUAACUGGACAACUGCAGAAUAUAAAAGACAAAUCCAUUAUGAUCCUGAGAGCAAGUGGAGUGAAAUUAACAACACAAGUUCUGCCUCCAUCACCAGCCGGAGUGAUGUUACUUUCAGUUCCACCCUGGACAAAGAGGCAGAAUCAAUGACCAGGAGCCCCCAGCCGUACUCUUCUCUGCCACCUGUAGUCACUUUGAUCCCUGCCAUGUUUGCUAAGUCCCACUCCAUGAUCAACCCUUUUAUCUACCAGAUCAUGAACAAAGAGUUCAGGGAUGGUGUCUAUGCAAUGGUAUUUGGCCAAGAAGGGGCAGAAAGGAGGCAAGCGCAGGGAAGGAAUGAGAGCUCCUGUGAAAGGAGCCUCAGCACAUCCUUUCGCCAAAGCCGGAGGAGGAGCAGGAGCAUGUCCCUAUUCGUUGGAAGAAAAAACAGAAGUUUGAAGAAAUGUAAGAGUGAAGGGAGCAGUACUGGUGGAAGAUCAAACUCAUUGGCAGAUCAUAUCUCAGUUGGGGCUGAUGCCUUGGACCUUGCCUCCUUGCACACUCGAGGAAAUGUGGAGAGACACUUUUGCAAAGAUGGAUGGAAUACAUCCAGCACUUUCACUGUCUGAUAGAUACUGUAAAUAGAUGGAUGGAUGGGCAUAUGAAGGAUGGAAGUAUGGAUAGAUAGAUAGAUAGAUAGAUAGAUAGAUAGAUAGAUAGAUAGAUAGAUAGAUAGAUAGAUAGAUAGAUAGAUAGAUAGAAGCUAAGUAUGUGUGAAUUCAC